GUAUUUCAUAUCUUCCUCCUAUUUAAUGCUCUUAUCUUUAUAUAUUCAAUCCAACUUUCUCACCAAACCCACUUAACCAAGAUAACAAACAUGUUUACAAAACCGAUCAUUUUAGCUUCCCUUCUACUCAUCGUCUUCGUCUCUGCAACUCACUCAGCUCGUCACAAGAGCGGAAACGAUGGUUCAGGAUUCGGAGGUGUGCCCGGAUUUGACGGAAUACCCGGAUUCGGAAACGGGUUCCCCGGGACCGGAGUGGGCGGUGGAUACGGCGGAGGGUACGGUGGUCCGAGCGGUGGGUUUGGAAAGGGAGGUGUGGUGAGACCGACGGUGACUUGUAGAGUGAAAGGCCCUUGUAACGGCAAGAAGCUGAGGUGUCCGGCUAAGUGUUUCAGCUCUUUUAGUCGCUCAGGGAAAGGAUACGGCGGUGGAGGAGGAGGUGGUGGAUGCACUAUGGAUUGUAAGAAGAAAUGUAUUGCUUAUUGUUAAAAUAAGAAAGAUCACAUCUUUUAUAAUAUGUAGUCAUUACAAUGAUUAUAUAUUGCCUAUGUUGUAGUAGCUUAUAGUUGAUGAUCAUAAGGAUCCUUUUGUCUGGAUUCGGUUGUAGUAGCUUUUAUAUGCAUAAUAUAUGGUUUGUGAUGAUGAAUAAAUGAGGUAACUUAGCGGUUUUCUCAAUUUGUGUUUGUUAUAUGAGAGAGGUCGCGA